AUGUCCCUUUCACACCAACAAUUCGUAAAAUUGGCCAUGUAUUCGAGGAAGAACCUGGUUGGAACCUGGCAGGUGGGAACCCCACGGAGUUUUCCGACACGCCAUCAAUUGGAUUCUUGCGACAUCGCUCGCGCAAAGACUAAUGCAAACGGCUGUAACGCCGACGAAGGCCUGAACCUAGCGAACCUUGAGGAUGUCAAAUUGGGGCCAUCCUCUUUCCGCUCCCAGGGAAUUAGGUGCCAUUUCUAUGACACGGAUUGA